AUGGACUAUUGCCUCCCCGUAAAACGAAAGGCUGAAGACGAAGACGACUCUUCCCCUUCAAUAUGGUCAUCACAACAACGACAACGUCCAAGAAGACCUACAAAACGACCCUGUCUCCGUCAUCCUAACGACGUAGAAGAUAUUGGCAUCGUCGCCCCUAAUGCCGACCCAGGCCCAGCAACUGGCUCGUUACUCCAGCUCAGAAAACCUCCAACAAUACCCAUCGACGCCACUUCCUCCCAUAUCGCCUCCCAUAUACCCCCCAUAUCAAGGACAACUCUCAAAGAGCUCGACCUCGAUGCAAUAAUGCGAAAUCCACAACUUCGACACGACUUGCUGUUUGACGGAAACCUCCAGUUUCGCCCAACUUCAACGAGACGCAAGACGGAACGCGCGGAAAAGUACUGGCAAGCAAUCACAACCGAGCUCGAGACAGGCUGCACUUGUGUCUCGUUCGAUAUUCGUGGAAAACCCCAUCCGACUGUGUGUGCUUGCGCCCAUGUCUCAACCCCAGCAGUCAAUCCUGUCGUUGCUUAUUCCCCCACCCUCCAUGUGGCAACUCUCCGAAUGCCUUCUCGAAUUCGAGCGCUGUUGGAAGAGUUAUUAGAGGUGUUGCUGCUUGUGAUUCAGCCACUGUCGACGCUGGGUGGCGCGCCAGCAAGUCCCACGGCCGCGCAACAAGCCGACCAUCUUGCCCAAGCGGCGUAUAUUCGCUCAGUCUUCGAUCCAGCCCUUAUCGAGCAAGAGCUAAAACAUAAGCUUUUCGACCCUUCCAGCCUUUUCCGUGCAAUUGGUCUUACUCUUCAAGGCCAUUGUGCUCCAAUGCGAGAUCAGGCAGUCGAGCUUAUGGUUCAAUUAGCCCAAACGUGUGCUCCAGGAGGUAACGGCACAAAGGCGGACGCGGUCCGGGCGGUGAGGAUGUGCAUGGACAUACUCGAGCUCAUGAAACUGGACAUUGCCAACCACCAGCUCCAAACGUUGCGACCCUUCCUGAUACGCACCUCGGGCCAGUUUGAGCUACGGUCCUUCAAGAGCCGCAAAAACGGGCAAGGCUUCCAAAAGACGCGCGAAUGGCUUGCUGCCGCGCAUGCAUCGCUACUUGCCCGUAGCGAUCCAAUACCAAUACCAUACCCCCCAGGGCAACUACAUUACCAAAAAUUACAACGUAACCAGCAAAUCUACCUCUCAACACUCAGGGGCCUCACGGACCUAGUUUUCACCAGUCCAUCUCCCGCCAACCUCAUUUCACUGCCCAUAUCAGUCUCGCAGGGAUCGUUACCCACCAUCUCCUCACUUCCCGGACACCCAGAAACGACCUACCUUGACACUGCGCGGUUAUUACUGCUCAAUAUUGAUGCCGGCGAUCUCACAGCUCUGUCCAUGUUCUUGUUGCUGUUCCGCCAACUACGUUUCUCCACUAGGAACGGAAACGUGGACGAGUCGGAACUUUGCAAAAUAAAAGGCGAGAUCCGGGACAUUGGCUCUGCACGAUUAGGCUAUGCCCUUUUGUGUGGAAAGUCUUACACUGUCGACAAGGAAGAGUUGGACAAGUGGCGCUCGCUGAAGCAAAGUGUCGUUCUACAAAUUGCGAUGCGAGCCCGUGGGACAGCCACUAGCGUCGAUGAGAGUGUGUUAAGUCUGGCCCAACGGUGGGCAGAUGAGAACAUUCAACAUGGCGCUAUUCUGGAGGGCAUGCUUCGUAACCGGUUAAGGGACGCCGUCUUCCAUGCCGUUGUCUCACGCACAUUUCCCGGUCGCGAUAGCGUGGGUGGUGAGACACCGAUGAUGGCGGGCAUGGAAGUGCUGCAGGACGAGAUCAAUACCCUUGCUGAAAACAUCAGUCGACUUGCGCUUAUCCACAUCAACACCUACCUCGCCGUAUAUGAGAGCGAGAACUUUUUAGAGACGGGUUGA